UUUUGUCUGAGGAAUAAUAAAAGACACAAUUUUUCAUUUAUAAUUUGUCUUAAAUCUCAUUUGUUUGAAAAAUCGCGAGAAAAUCGUAUCGUGAAAUCAGUAUCGUGAAUCGUUUCGCAUCGUGAGUUGAGUGAAUUUACAUCCCUACUUUAACACAUUCAGCCCAAGAGUCUCCAUCUGAACUUGUCUCCUCUCUCUCUCUCUCUCUCUCUCCCUCUCUCUCUCAUCCUGCAGGUCUGCUGUUUCACCGCUAGAGGGCCAGCAGUUAUCCACUGAAGACUGGAGAUGUGCUUGAUGUGUGUUCAUCAAGUCAUGCUCGCGCAAGCACACACACACACAUCUCUCUCUCUCACUCACUCACACACACACUGUUCCCCGCUUCAUCUCAGAAGCUCCUGCUCGUUUCAGACUGAAAACACAGGAUGGCGGAGCCGGCGUGUCUCCUGACGGACGGGCGUCCGCUGAUCACCGCGGCUCAGCUGGGGAAGCUGCGUUUGGUGCGUGUGCUGGUGGAAGGAGGCGCUCAGGUGAACGAGAGGAACGCGAGCGGAGAGACGCCGCUACUCGCCGCCUGCCGAUCUCUCCGCGCACACCCGUCAGAACCCAUGCUGAGGCUGAUCCAGUUCCUCCUGAAUAACCGGGCCGACCCCAACAUCCAGGACAAGACGGGCCGCACGGCGCUGAUGUACGUCUGCAUGGAGCGAGCCGGAGCCGAGCUAGCAUCCGCUCUCAUCGUAGCCGGAGCCGACGCCACUAUGGAGGAUUACUCCGGAGCGUCGGCACUCGUCUACGCCAUUAACGCGCAGGAUCCGGACACGCUAAAGGUGCUCCUGGACGCCUGCAGAUCCCGAGGCCGCGAGAUCAUCAUCAUAGCCACGGAUCUGAGCUGCGGCGCUAGCGCUAGCCGCUAUCUGAACGUCGCGCCGUCGCCCGACACCUCGCCCGUCUCCUGCAUGUCUCCCUCGGACAUCGAGCUCAACACCAACUCUCCGAACUCCGACGGCGAAAACGUCUUUAGUUUCCGAGCCGACGGUUCUCCGGCGCGGAGCAGAAGCCGGCUGCGGUCCGAACCGUGGCUCGCCAUCCAGAACCUGGCGGCUCUCAGCGACGCCUACGAGAAGAGCCUGGAGGACCAGGAUAAAGACUCACUUCGCAGAGGUUUCCCAGUGGAGGAAAGAGACGUGAAGCUCAGGAACCCAUCGGAGCGCAGAAACACGUUACCGGACCUCCUCCCGCCGCCGUCACUCAAACUCACGCUCUCCGGCUCGGACACACACCUCCACCGGACGCCGUUCGGGUUCCCGUCCGUACACAGAACCGGCUCGCUGUUUCUGGCUCCUCCGGACGGGCUCCGCUCGGGGAACAGGAGGUCCAGGGAGCAGAUGAGCGGGCUCCUGCCUCCUCUUCCCGAUCGCUCCGAGCCGCUCCGGGACUCUCUCGCUCCGGCACGCCGUCUCUCGCUCCAGCUCCAGGAGACGCUGUGAAAACUCCUUCUGUAAUAAAACUCGGACAUUAGGAAGAUAAAUCAAGCAGAAAAAUAUCACCUGACUUUUUACAUUAGUAAAUGCAAAUACAUAAUUAAAUAAACUAACUUAUUGCUGG